CGAAAUAUUCCAGUCAGCACUUCCAGUUUCGUUUCUGAAACAAACUAACUUCCCAUAGCGUCCUGUCUAGGUGUGUCUGGAGCUGUCGCCAUCCUCAACUAUCUUGAAGAUAAGACACCAAAGUGAGUAAACGUCAAAGAUUCAUUCAACCUCCUUUACAUACUUCAGCAGACCAUCUGUCCACUAUGAACUCCAUGUUAACCAAUAGUCAGCAGAAAACUAUCUGCUCCCAGCUGGGAAGAGUCAAACUCCAGCUGCUGUACAAGGCCAGCAUCCAUGGUUUCACCGGGGCAGCCUUCCACCAACGAUGUGACAACCGCGGUCCCACGGUGUCUGUGGGCUACAACGCCUCUGGUUAUGUGUUUGGAGGCUACACCAAACAACCUUUCAGUCAGUCUGGACAGUAUGUGCAUGAUGACCAGGCCUUUCUUUUCACCUUCAGUGGAGUAAAGCUCCUCAAGUAUCCGGUUACUGGUCCUGCUAACGCAGUGAGAAUGAUCCCUGGGUCUGGUCCACAUUUUGGAGAUGCAUUAGUUCUUGACUAUGGGGGCCAAGCAGUAGUCUACAGCUCUCCAGGAAAUUAUUACAACUUCACUGCUGCAGAAAUGCAUGGCAAUGAUCUCAACCUGACUGAGUGUGAAGUCUAUGAAGUCAAAGAAACCACAGAACUUGAGCGUCCAUGGAGAACAAUCACCUGGGAAUCUGAAAAGAAGAUGGAGCUGAUGGAGACUGUUAAGACUUACAAACCCACAGUCAGCUCUGUGUCCCAGGUUCGGGUUCUGCUCAUUGGACCAGUUGGAGCUGGAAAGUCCAGCUUCUUUAAUUCCAUUAACUCUGUAUUCAGAGGCCACGUCACCAGCCAGGCCAUCGCUGGCAGCUCCACCACCAGCCUGACCACAAAGUUUCGCACCUACUCAGUGAAAGCGGAGCGAGAUGGAAAACGUUUGCCAAUCAUCUUGUGUGAUACCAUGGGAUUGGAGGAAAGCACAGGGGCGGGGCUUGAUAUAGAUGACAUCAACAGCAUCCUUAAAGGUCAUCUGCCAGACUGUUAUCAGUUCAACCCCUCUGCCCCUCUGCAAUCGGAAACCAGCGGCUAUUGUAAGUCUCCAGGGCUUAAGGACAAGAUCCACUGCGUGGUCUAUGUCACUGACGCCUGCAAGGUCUCCAUCAUGCCCACGAAGCUGGAGGAGAAGCUGAAUGCUAUCCGCAGAAAGGUCAACUUAAUGGGGAUUCCUCAGCUGGUUCUGGUCACUAAAGUAGAUGAAGCCUGUCCUAUGGUGACAGAGGACGUGAGGAACAUUUACAAGAGUGGCUACAUCAAGGAAAUUAUGCAGGAGGUCAGCGCUCGGCUCGGCGUGCCACUGUCCUGUGUUGUUCCAGUGAAGAACUACAGCGAGGAGUUGGACCUGGACCUGAACUGUGACAUCCUGCUGCUCAGCGCCAUCAUCCAGAUGCUUCGCUUCGCAGAAAAUUACUUGGAUGACAUCAGUGACCAAUUCAGCAACAUUGAAGUCAAAGAAUAGGAAGUGUUAGUGCAGCAGAUGUUUAUCUCCUGUCCUGAAAUGUCUCUCAAAAUGAUCUAUCCAUGCAUCCAUCCAUUUACCGGCAGGUGAUCCAGCCUAAUGCUAGUUCACCGUGCACUUCCUCCUCUGAGUUUUCCAAGCACUACUUGGAAUUAUAGGAGAUGUAGUGUCUCUAGUAUUUCCUGACACUGUGCAGCACCUCCAGUUUGUGGCUUUAGAAACAGAUUGAGCUGAUUCUUAAUUUGAUUGCCUCUAAGCUGCACAAUAUCCAUUUUCUUUCUAAUUUGGUUUUGAAGUUUUUAUAUUAGAAAAUUAUUACAUAAGGCAUGAUUUUGAAUUUUUUUCAUUAGGUAUAAAGACAUUAAUAUUUUGUUAUAUAUUGUUAUUGUUGGCUCAUAUAGUGGGAUUCAUAUUUUUUUUUUAGUAAGGAUUUCUGAUACUAUGACUCACCUUCUUGCGGCAACAUCCUUAUGGAUGAAUCACAUAAAAAAUGCAAGAUGGCGCCGGCGCCUUGAUGACAUCAGAUUUCAUUCUAUAUAUUCAAUAUCUAUUCUAUAUUUUGACUUUCAUUCAAUAUAUUCCAGCUUUCACUAUAUAUAUUCUGACUUUCAUUCCAUACUUUUAGUUUUGGUGUUAAUUUUCAAGUGGUUUCAGCACUUCUUGCAAGUUUUGACUGCUGCAGUAGGUGCACACAUGUGCUGUUCAAUGCAAUGCAGAAUCAACAGUUCAAAUGGCCAGUCAUGGAUAAUUGAAAUAGACCUCUUGGGUUUAAUUCAGUUUCAGUUAGUUAUACACUCUUGGGUUUUGGUGUUUUGACAUACGCCUACCUUACAUGUAUUUACACAAAUUAAGUUGUAUACACAUCUUGUCACAGAGUGGGGGGA